AUGGCACUCGAGAUGAAGCCCUCUGAGGAAGAGGCGCAGGCGGCUCUUUACAAUAAGGCGUGCUGCCAUGCUUUCAGGGAGGAGGGCGUGCAGGCGCAGGAGGCGCUUCGCGAGGCUCUGCGGUACGGGCUGCAGUUCAGCGUGAUCCUCAGCGACCCGGAUAUGGCGGCGUUCCGCGCCAUGCCGGAAUUCAGAGCGCUUCAAGAGGAGGCAAGGAAGGGCGGCGAGGAAGUGGGUGGCAAGUUUCGGCGGGACUUGAAGCUGAUAGCAGAGGUGCAGGCGCCGUUCAGAGGCGUGAGGAGGUUUCUGUACGUGGCGCUGGGCAUGGCUGCUGGCAUCGCCACCGUCAUCACCCUCCCCCGGUUCAUCCUGGCCGUCCAAGGAGGGAUCGACGCCCCGGAUCUGCUCACCACUGGUGGCAACCUGGCCAUUGACCUGGGAGGCGGCGUGGCGAUGGUGGGGCUGUACCUGUGGGAGCAGCGGCGAGAGGAGGAGCAGAUGGGGCGCGUGUCACGCGAUGAGACGCUCUCCCGCCUGCCUCUGCGGCUGCAGUCGGGCAAGGUGGUGGAGCUGGUGCAGCUCAGAGGCACAACGCGGCCAGUGAUUCUGUCGGGGCGAAAGGAGGCGGUGCAGCAGGCGAUGAAGCGGGCAGAGGGGUACCGCAAGCAGCUGCAGGAGCGUGGCGUGCUGCUGGUGCCCAUCCUGCAGAGCAAGGGUGUGCUGGCUGACAGCAAGAAGAAGGGCUUUGCUGCUGUCAAGAAGCCUGCUGCCACGCUCGAAUCGCUGGAGGAGUUUGAGGAGAAGGCGAGGGAGGCGGCGGCAAAGAGAGUGGCCGAGGCAGACAGGCGACUCAAGGCUGAAGCUGUGUCGCCCGGGGAGUGGGACCAAUGGGUGCGGUCACAGCAGAAGGCGGAGAAGGUAGCGGAGGGCAGCGAUGCCUUCAUCGUGCUGCGACUGGACGGCCGAGUCAGGAAGUCAGGCACGGGCAUGCCUGAUUGGGCGGAUUUUAUUAAUGAGCUGCCUCCUCUCGACAGCCUAACGGUGAAGACGGAGUUCGCGGCGAAGGCGGAUCUGCUGAUGGAUGCGUUCGCGAAGCCGUCAGCGAAGUUCGCGAAGCCGUCAGCCGAGUUCGCGAAGCCGUCAGCGGAGCUCGCGAAGCCGUCGGCGUUCGCGACAUUACAUAACGGCGAAACUACUUCGUGUGUAUCCCCGUCAAGACUGAGCGUGGUGAAGCGGAGCAAAGGAGAAGUGCAGGUCCAAGGCCUGCUGCUCUCCACUGCACCUUGUGGGAGCAGCAGCAAACCGUUUGAGGCUAGCAGCGCGCUGCUGCAGCUGAGGCUCAGGAAACAACUGCUGAAGCAAGGACGGCGCUGCACUGCUGAAGAACGGAGGUAUCGGGUGCUGCUGCAGCUGAGAAUGGGCGCUCUUGCACCGGAGGAACUUCUGCUCUGCCAUGAGGAGGCGGACGUUGCUGGCGAGGAGGCGGCGCUGCUGACUUGUGGGUGUUAA